AUGGUUCAGUUGUCUGCAUUGGGCAUUUAUCGUGUGAUUUCUAGUUUUCAAGAGGAGUUUCGCAUUCACCGUUCACAAUUUGGUGUUUCGACAUCACGCGUGUUUUCUGAGUUACCACAUGAUGGUGAAAUUGCUCCCGAUCAUCAUCAAUCAACUUUUCCCGUGCACUUAUCGUUGUUUAAUUCUGCGUUGCCGCCAUCUACGCCAAAUUCUUUCGGAUUUAGAAAUCGCACAUCACCAAUAAAAUCAACUGAGAAUUUUCAGUUAUCUGACAUUAGAGUUUACAAGUUUCGUCAGAAAUUAGCUACUUUAAGUUCGCCCGACGACAACGAUUAUAAUACUAGUAAUUAUUAUGAUAAUUAUGCUUCUGGCAGCAGUAGCAGCAAUAAUUACUAUCACAUUGAAUCUAUUGAAUCUCCACCAAAAGCAGAGUUAAAAAAUCGAGAUUCUGAAAAUGUAAAUGAUUAA